AUGGCUCCACUCACCGCCCCACCAGACUGUGUCCGCUGUUCCCGUCUCACUGCGAAGAUCGCUGAACUAGAGGAUCGGAUAUCCAAUCUGUAUAAGAUCCAAGAGGCCGAGCAGUUUUUGGACACCUUCAUUCUUGGUCCAGUCCUCACCGACCCCACCGCUGGUUCUGUUCCUCCUCCGGUCACUGAGCCUGCUGCCCCUGCCAUCGGUCCUGCUGCUGAGGCCACCUCUUCUCCUCCGGUCACCGAGCCUGCUGCCCCCACUGUUGGUCCUGCGGUUGCCGUGGACUCUCUGCCGGCUGAGGAGCCCAAUAACUCCUGGGUCCGCCUCGGGGCUAGACCUAAGUUGAUCCCGGUCAGCUCUACUCCGUCUCGUCAAGCCCCUUGGAUCUGGAUCGGAGAUGGUUCACGGGGAGGGAGGCGCUCCUCCCGUGUACCACCGAGCCGCGACAUCAAGCUGCAGAAUAAAUAUGACGUCCUUCAUGACUUUCCAUCAUUCCUGGCUGAAGAGCUCCCAGCCCACUGUCAUAACAAUUCAUCUCCUGUCUCUUCUCCAGCCAAACCCCAGCGCCCGACCCGCCGCUCAUUGCCACAGUUCACACCAGCACCACAAAGAGCGCCUGUCUCCUGCUCAGUUCACCUGUCUCCAUCCCUGCCGCCAUCACGCAUACAUAUCUCCCAGUCUAAGCUCCUGUUGGAACUGAGUCAGUCUCCUGAGGACAAAAAGUCACAAAAUCACUCCUCUACUCCAUCUUCUGCUCCCCCUCCAGCUCCAGCCUCCACUGCGCUUGGUUCCAAACACCUGGUUCAGCCGCCUGCCCCAACUCCUCUUUUUUCUCCAACGGCGCUUAUCAUCGGGGACUCGCUGGUAAGGAAUGUCCGUUUUUUCAAUGCAAUCACCCACUGUAUUCCUGGAGCCACAACUGUCCAUAUCCUUGACCAACUUCCCAGCAUCAUAGCUUCCCUUCCACCAACCAUCACUAAAAUUAUCGUUCAUGUUGGCACAUGUGAUGUAACCCUGUGA